AUGUCAUCCUACACCGUCCAGCAUCUGGACUCGAGAACCUCCUACGCUCGUCCCUACAUCCUCCACAAUCCUCACCACGCUUCUCCAUCUUCCUCAACAUCCUCUCUCAACCCAUCCGUCGAGGCCUUUCAUCGCACGUUACCCGACUACAACGAAACAAGCCUCCACAAUCUGUCCUCCAUAGCCGAAGAACUAGGUCUCAAAUACGUCUUCCUCAAAGACGAGUCCACUCGAUUCGCUCUACCUGCUUUCAAGAUUCUCGGCGCGAGUUGGGCGAUCCAUCGAGCGAUUUGUCAGGAGCUUGCUCUACCCAAUGAUGCUUCGCUAGAGGAUGUCAAGCAGGCACUCAGGCCAACGGAGAAGGAUGUGAGGCUGGUGCUCUGCUCUGAGGGCAAUUGGGGUCGGGCAUGUGCGCGAAUGGGUAAGAUCCUCAACCUUUCGGUGACCAUUUACGUGCCGGGGUUCAUGAGCGAGUAUAUGCAGAACCUUCUCCGUGGCGAAGGGGCGGAAGUCAAAGUCCUAAAGGAAGGGACUUACGAUGAUUCAAUUGCUGCGGCAUUGGAGGACUCUGAGCGCAGCGGUGCGUUACUGGUGAUGGAUACCAGCUGGGAGGGCUAUGAGCAGAUUCCGAAGUGGGUAACAGAAGGCUACGCAACCAUGCUCACCGAGACCGACCGCCAAGUCGCUGCCAUCACUCCCGAAAAUCCGAACACAUUCUUCGUCUCCGUCGGCGUCGGAUCCUGGGCGCAUUCCGUCGUGGCUCACUAUACCUCCGCCAACACAUCCAAUCGCAUUGUGACCGUUGAACCCAUUGCCGCGCCGUCCUUCAAAGAGUCGCUCCAUAUCGGCUACCCGACUCCGAUCGUAACAGGUGAAACGAUCAUGGCGGGAAUGAACUGCGGUACGACGAGUGCGUUGGCGUGGUCGGUCUUGCGGGAUGGAGUGAGUGAUGCCGUCAUUGUAGGGGAGAAUGAGGCGCAUGAUGCGGUCGAAGAGUUGAAGGGCUUGGGUGUGAGUGCUGGGCCUUGUGGUGCGGCGACAUUGGCGGCGUUGAGGAGAUUUGUGGAGAGGAUCAGUGCGGAGGAGAAGGCGGAGAUGAGUGUUGUGCUGUUCAGUACGGAAGGAGCGAGGGAGUAUGUGGUGCCGGAGUGA